UCGAUCACUCCUCUUCUACCUCGUGCUGCAUUCCAAUAAAGAAUGAACAGAAUAAAAAUAAAGGUGAGAGAGCGAAGAGUGCAAACGAAGACGACAGAGGGCGAUCGCGCAAUCGAUCCAUCGAGAUCCAAGAGCUUGACGGAAAGUUAAUCUUGUCCUAUUCUUCGUGCGCCUGUUGUGGGGCCUGAAUCCGAACCGUUUACCCGUGGAUUUUUCCUCCCACGGAUUUGGUAGGUGUUUGCGGCUGUUUCCGAGUGCCGGAAAACUGAAUCGCUCGGUGAAUCGGUGUUGACUGUCCAUCGGAGGUGUAAGAGGACGGUGACCCGGCUGUGGAUUUGGACACAUGUUGUAGUUUUGGUGGAUUUGGUAGGUGCUUCUUCGGGCGGGAGUUUGAUCAGGUAGUGAGGUUUUGUGCCACGAUCGCGGCUCCAAAUGAUGCCCGAUGCCAGAUACAAUGCUGUUUCCAAUCCGUCAAAUACCUCGCCAGAUAAUCUUGGAGAGGUUAUGUGGAAGUUAAAGAUAGGCGACGGCCAUGAGGAUGCUGACGGCCGCCUGAGUCCUUAUCCUGAUCGCCCAGGCGAGCCAGACUGUCUUUAUUUUUUGAGGACUGGUAACUGCGGAUAUGGAAGCGACUGUAGGUAUAAUCAUCCUACUCGCACUCGCCAGAACAAUUAUUUUAGUGACGAACUCCCUCAGAGAGAUGGUCAACCUGAUUGCCAGUUCUUCCUGAAAACAGGAACUUGCAAGUAUGGAACAACCUGCAAAUAUCAUCAUCCGCGAGACAAACAUGGCACAAAAUUGGUUCAUCUGAAUGCUUUAGGACUACCUAUCCGUAAGGAUGAAAAGCCAUGUGCCUAUUACAUGAGAACUGGAACUUGUAAUUAUGGAAUUACCUGCAAAUUCAAUCACCCGCAGCCUGCCACUGCUGGAUCAACAUUCCCUCUUGCAGGAUCCUCAGCCUAUGGUUAUUCAAGUUCUGUGGCACCUACCUCUGCUUCCCCUGUAAUUACUGGAAUUUCACCAUGGCCUUUAUCACGAGUUUCUUAUAUGUCUAGUCAACAUAUGCAAGCUCUCCAAGCUUAUGUUCCUCUUGUCCUUCCACCCACCCAAGGGACUAUGCCUGGGCAACAGGGUUGGAGCACUUUAAUGGGUAGCAUGAAUCAUAUUCACACCAUGGAUAAGCAUGCACCUAAUGUGACAUCCUAUUCAAAGCAUCAACAGUCAGGCCCUGGCCUGCUGCUAAAUUUACCUGAGAGACCUGAUCAACCAGAAUGCCAACAUUAUAUGAAAACUGGGGGCUGCAAGUAUGGAACCUCAUGCAAGUACCAUCACCCGAAAGAGAGGAAUCAGGCAGCUAUAACCACCAUAGGCCCACUUGGGCUUCCACUAAGACCAGGUCAGCCAGUGUGCACUUUUUACACCACAUAUGGAAGGUGCAAGUUUGGUACAGUUUGCAAGUAUGAUCAUCCAAUCAUUGGAUACUACAGCUACACUCUACCGUCUUUUUCGUAUCCUGAUCCAUCAAUAGCAUUUCCCAACCAAAAGAGUUUACAGAUGGUAUGGACAACCGAAAAUGCAUCUCCCAAAUCAUCAAAGUUGUCUGAUCAGCUCACAAAAUCUGAAACAGUCCAUAGACAGCAAAAUCUAGAAAACCAUGAGUCUGCAAAUGCUUCCACACAUACGCCAUCCGCCAUCGAACACUGAAGAAGAGUCUUCAUGAUACAGAGCUAUUUAAUUCUAACCACUCAUUCGCAUUCAUUCUGGUCAUUGUUCCAUGAUGGAGAUUUUGGAUCUUGGCUGCAUAGCGUGGUCAUUUUAUCGAGCAUAGCUAUUCAAAGUAAGAGGCAUGGCCUUUGUGAUGAAUGAAUGGCAAGCAUUGUUUUGAGUUAAAUGAUUAAAUGAUUUUUGUUCCACAUAUAUAGCGAAACCCAAACUAAGUUGUACUGUCGGAAUUUUCGUUUCUGUUUUCCACUGUAAAGCUGGUCAGUCAGAAUAAAUGUGAUAAAUUGAGCUCAACUUUUGCAUGAGUUUUUUGUA